UCCUGUCCCGACUACACCUGAACACACCUUGCCUGACCCCACCUGGUCCCCCCCUGUCCUGUCCCGACUACACCUGAACACACCUUGCCUGACCCCACCUGGUCCCCUGGUUACUGAAGGUCAGUGAGAGCAUGGAGGAGGAGAAGACCCCAGCGGGAGAGAAGAACAUGGCAUUGAUGGAAAAAGAGUUGGAAACUAAACAGAAGAGUCAUAUCAUCUGUUUCCAUUCACGCAUGGAUCGCCUGAGGGAGCACCACGAUAAGUGCUUGGACAGGCACAAUGAAUACAUGAAGGCUCAAACAGAGCCCCCAGGAAGUCCAAUCCAAGAGGGGGAGAGCUCAUCACCAUCAGGACCUCCAACACAGCAACAGGCAGCUACAUUCUUGGAGCAUUCCGAUUCUGACUGCAGUGCGGAUACAUUCAUCCUUGUCCUCUCCUGCUCAGAUGAUGAUGAUGAUGACCCAGAUGUACCACCCCUGACAAGAACUGACGGUGUAAUUUUCACCGAAGAACACAUUGAAUACAUCUCCAAUGUGUUGGAUGCAUCAGAAGCCUCUAUGAGCUGCAUUGAAAGCAGUGGUGAUGCAUGUGCUCCAUCAGAAGACUUGAUGCAUGAGAGCAGCUCAGAGCAACCUGAGGGUCCUCAAAGCCAAGUUGAGGAAGAGAACACUUGCGAAAGCGCUUCUCCAGAUGAAGGCAAGAGGAGAGCAGAAAGUGGAAGCUCUGAUGACACCCACCCCGGUAAUGUUUUAGGACCUUCCGGAUCAAAGAGAAGAUGGCAGCCUGACAGGGACAGAGAUUAUGACCCUAAAAAAGUCAUUAAACCCUACUUGGGGAGAUACUGGUCAGUUGAUGAAGUGCAAGCAGUGGAAAAAACCCUCAGUCCUUUCAUAGAGUCUGGUAAAGUACCCAGAAAAGCAGAGUGCGUUGCCUGUAUCAAGGCUUCAUCAGGGGCCCUGAGGAGACGCAACUGGCAGGCAGUGAAGUCCUUUGUUAACAACCGCAUCACUGCCAUGCGUCGUCAAGUUCAAGAAUAAUCUACUGACUUUUGCACUUCUGUUCGCACAUACGUUGAUUCACACUUUGUUGAAAUUUGGUUCAGCUUUUGGUCCAGUGUCCAGUGCAAUUAUUGAUUAUGCAUGCCUUGAUUUUAGGGGUGUAACCCCCUAUUCUGUUCUCACAUUCCUGCAGUUCCUGCAAUUAAAACUUGUAUUUGCAUACUGGUCCCAUCCGGUUGUUGGUCAUCACUAUCGUUAGAGAUGGUGAUGUGACAUGUUAGUAAAAUGAUUGUUUAUCAACUUAAAGAAUGUCUGUGUUGAGCAGCACCGAGUUGAGAUCAUUAUAAUGAAUGUUAAUGCAAUGUUCCAAUUUAACAUGAGAUGGUUGUCAGUAGGACUAAUCUACAGUAGUGUUGAUAGUAUGCUAAUAGACAUGAGGGUCCUGUUUGGUCUCCAGUGGAGGACAAAUUCAGGUUUAAAAGGAAUUUGUGAGUGUUUGAUGUUUCAAGUGAUUUUCAUCCAAAUAAAAAACAAUAAGCAGUUAAAA